AUGGAGGCCGUCAAUGCGUUCGUGGCACAGGCCAACAAGCUCUAUGCCCUCAAGAACUUUGCAGAUGCAGCAGACAAAUAUGCAGAUGCAGCAGAGGAAGUUGCAAAAGUGAAUGGCGAGGAUGAUCCGCGCAAUGCAGACAUCCUGUUCUUGUACGGUCGAUGUCUGUUCAAGCUGGCGAUUGAACGCUCACAAGUGCUUGGAGGUGGCGGCACAGAUGACAAGCAGCCAGGUCAGCCUGCUGUUGGUGCGACCCCAAAUGCAGCGCCAAAAGGACCCAUGUUUUCGUUUGACGGCGACGAGCCAGAAGAUGAAGCUGAGGAGAACCCUCAGGAAGAAGGGGCCCAGGAAGAUGAGUUUCAAAACGCUUGGGAGGUACUGGACGCCGUCAGAAUCAUGUACGAGAAGCAGCAAGCCGGGUCCUCGGCAGAGGAUGAAAAGGACAUCAAGAGAAAGCUCGGCGACACUUUUGAGCUGCUCGGCGAGAUUGGUCUCGAGAAUGGCAAGUCACCUACCUCACUUGACUUGACUGCUGCACUGACCAACAAGCAGGCCGUGUUUUCUGCUCACUCUCGAGAGUGCAGCAGCGCUCAUUACAUGCUUGCACUGGCGCAAGAGUACGCACCUGGAGACGGCAACCGUGCAGAGGCAGCCAAACAAUUGAGACUUGCUAUUGAAGGCUUCGAAGCACGACUGGCUGAGGAAGGCGACGAGAGUAAGAAGAAGGACGAAAAGGAGAUGCUCGACGAGUUACAAGUCAAGCUUGCCGAACUUGAGGCGCCACCUGAGCGCAUCAUGAAGGAAGACAUUGCUAAGCUCUUUAACACAGACGAAUCUAGCCUCAAGGAGAGCCUGGUGGCGGCGAUGCAGACAUCUACAGAUCUCUCAACACUGCAAAGUUGA